AUGCCGACUGGGACUGGUGCAUCUUGUGUGGCCGAACACAGUACCAGGAAAAUUUCGAUUGAAGAGCUACUCAACCGCUCCCGCUUGGAGAAACUACUUCGCGACUCGUAUGGCAACUAUUGUGUGCAGACCGCGCUAGACUAUGCCGAUCCUGCGCAGCGUAUGCUCCUCCUCAAAAGCAUUCGCCCACGGGAACAGGCCAACGUCGAGAACUUCAGCUAUCAUGCCCCUUAUGGCAUGAUGCUCAUGGGCAACUCUGGCCAUUACGGUGGCAACCCCGGUUAUCAUGGUCACGGUCACCACAAUGCAGGGGCCCGGUACAUCCCCCAGGGAAUGCACCCUACCAGUGUUGCUGAUGUCUAUGCCCAGGGAGGCUUGUAUGGUAUCCAAGCGCAAGGCUCCUACGGCCAUUCUCGCCUCGGUCCCCAAAUGCACGGUGUUCAGGCGCGUUCGAUCGACGGAUAUGUCUUGCAAGGCACCUCUCCUCAUAGCACGAGCCUGACACCCCCUCAUACCCAAGCCACUGGCUAUACGGGCGUUGCUGGAUAUGCUAACCCCGAUUCCGUGAUGGACGAGUUUAAUGCCUUCUACGGGACAUUGACAUCAGAUCAGCUUGGAAAAUACAACGAGGAAGCCAAGAAUUUGGUGUCCAACGACGCGUGGAAUAAGAAUGUCAACGAGGGCCAAAUCUACUAGCCUUUCACUCCAUUCUGCUACCAGCGUCUGCCACACCUUCGUUGCUGUGUUAUCCACUUCCUAUUUUCGAUCCCGCUGCCUGGUCUCGAC